AUGGCACGUUCUGCUCUGCUGGUGCUGAGCCGGCUGCUGUCCCAUGUCCGCCUGUCCACUGAGGGUCACCUGUGCCUAAAGCCAGAGAGCAGACCAGUUGAAUUUUCAGAAGCUGAAUACCCACAAGCUGAGUAUGAGCAACGACAGCAGUUCUGGGACCCUAUCCGGCUGUCCCUUUUCACCCUCGUGAUCGCAGCCAUCAUAGGAAUUGCCAUUGGCAUUGUUACUCAUUUUGUAGUGGAGGAUGAUAGGUCAUUCUACUAUCUUGCCUCUUUCAAAGUCACAAAUAUCAAAUACAAAGAAAAUUAUGGAGUGAAGUCCUCAAGGGAGUUUACAGAAAGGAGUCAUCAGAUUGAAAGAAUGAUGUCAAGGAUAUUUCGCCGUUCUUCUGGAGUGGGUCGCUUUGUUGCAUCACAUGCCAUCAGAUUAAGUCCAGACGAACAAGGCAUGAGAGUCCUGAUGGUGCUGACGUUCCGGUACCCCGCCACCGACAGCGCCGAGCAAAUCAGGAAGAAGAUCAAAAGAAUUUUUUACCAAAAUUUGAAGAUCAAACAGUUGCCUCUGACUAUAAACAAACCAUCAUUUAGCCUCACAACUAUUGAUGGCAAAAAGAUGAGAAAUCUUCUCAACGGUCGCUGUGGGAUAAGGAUGACGUCCUCAAACAUGCCCUUACCAGCAUCCUCGUCUACUGAAAGGAUUGUCCAAGGACGGGAAAUAGCCAUGGAAGGGGAGUGGCCCUGGCAGGUCAGCCUUCAGCUCCUGGGGGCCGGGCACCAGUGCGGGGCCAGCCUCAUCAGCAACACGUGGCUGCUCACCGCAGCCCACUGCUUCCGCAGAAAUAAAGACCCAAGUCAGUGGAUCGCUACUUUUGGUACAACUAUCACACCACCUGCAGUGAAAAGGAAUGUGGGGAAAAUUAUUGUUCAUGAAAACUACCACAGAGAGACCAACGAAAAUGACAUUGCUUUGGCUCAGCUGACCACCCGGGUUGAGUUUUCAAAUAUAGUCCAGAGAGUUUGCCUCCCAGAUCCCUCUACAACCUUGCCACCUAAAACAAGUGUGUUUGUCACAGGAUUUGGGUCCAUUGUAGAUGAUGGACCCACACAAAACAAACUUCGCCAAGCCCAGGUGGAAACCAUAAGCACUGAUGUGUGUAACAGAAAGGACGUGUAUGAUGGCCUCAUCACUCCAGGAAUGUUGUGUGCGGGAUUCAUGGAAGGGAAAGUAGACGCAUGUAAGGGUGACUCCGGUGGGCCUCUGGUCUAUGACAACCAUGACAUUUGGUACAUUGUAGGCAUCGUAAGUUGGGGACAAUCAUGUGCUCUUCCUAAGAAACCUGGGGUCUACACAGAGGUGACUAAAUACCGAGACUGGAUCACCUCAAAGACAGGCAUCUAGGGUGGACCGUCCAGAGGUCGUCUACAGCACCUGGAGUUGGGACUCCUGCACACUGUUUAUUAUUUAUGCUCAUGUGGUUGGUAUAAGCGCUCUGCUGGAUGUCAGGAAACUCUUCGGAUCCAGCCAAACCUAGUGCCACGAGAUGGCCUUCAUGUACAGAUGACCAAACUCCCUCUCAUACCUGAGGGAAGAAAGAACAGAGAAUCACAGCACAAAUUCCUCACCCACCAGGGAAACUGCUGCGGCAUUCCCUAGUAAGGCAAGCACUUGACAGCACUUUCCCUGCAUGGAUGACAGGAGCGUCACGUUCCACAGGAUAUGAAGAGCUUCCAGGGCUGCCAAAAUCUAACCUCAGGGAUGCCUGGAGCCCCAGGGAUGCUGCUUGUGAAAAUCUCAGAGCAAUGUUUCCUGAGGAUUCAGGGCUUCACGUUCUAGAGCUGAUGGUUGGAUGUUCAACGGCCAGGACAGAGAAGAUGGCACCCUGGCAUUCGCGAUGUGACGUGGGCUCACAGCUAGCAACACAGAGCAUUAUGAUUAGCCACAAGAACUGACAUUAGAAAAGUGUUUAAAUGUGUCUAAAUUUGCUGUCAACACUGUACUACACACGCGAGCACUGGCCUCAGGAAGCAGGUUCUAAAAAGCACUUUUCUGAUUUUUUCUUUAUCAACAUUGUGCCAGUCAGACAUAAAUUGCGUUCAGCCCAGAGACAGAAAAGGAAGACUCUUGGAAGCGCUCUUACAUGAGUACAAGGAGGAUUAAAAGGGUAUGAAGGCUGGCAGAGCCGGCUUCAGAUGAUUACCAAUGGGACAACCACUCUAAUUUUUGGUGGAAUGAGCUGUCCAAUUACUUAUUUAAAGAUAUUUACCUCAGCAUAUGGUAACUAGCACUUUUAAAAGUCCUCAACUUUCUGAAAGGUCAAAUUUCUAUAAGAACAUUAGGUUGGAGAGCUGAUUUGCAUAAAACCCUUAGGACAGUGCCUGGUGUAUACUAGGCACUAAAUAAAUAUUUGCUAUAUGGGAAUCAAUGCUUCAGCAAGUUUUAGGGUCAACAAAGUCAGCCAGGCAUGGUGAGUCACAUCUGUAAUCCCAGCACUCUGGGAGGCCCAGGCAGGAUCCCUUGAGCUCAGACCAGCCUGAGCAACAGUGAGACCUCAUCUCUGCUAAAAAUAGAAAAACUAGUCUAGUAUUGUGGCAGGUACCUACAGUCCCAGGUACUUGGGAGGCUGAGGCAGGAGGAUCACCUGAACCCAGGAGUCUGAGGUUGCUGUGAGUUGUGACACCACAGCACUCUACCCAGGGAACAGAAUGAGGCUCUGUCUCUAAAAAAGAAAAAAAAAAAUCAACAAGUUCAAUUUUGUCAAAAAAGUGAAUGAAUUAGGGUUUAAAUACAGCCCAAAGCCUGGUGGUGGUGUGGUGGUGGGAGCUCCAUCGCCAUCUCUUGCAUGAGCUGUGAGUUUUGUGCCAGUUACUCAGCAUCUCUGCAUUAGCUCUUCCAUCGCUGCCCUGAGAAUCAACAUGGUCCCACCUCAUGUGGUUGCUUUGAGAAUCAAAUGCAAGUACCAGGCAUGCAGCCGCGUCUGCACAGAGGGCCUCUCAGGACGGACUAGCUGCUGUUGGUCUCUGUUAAAGUAUGUGAACUCAGUAACACUUACUAUACUUUUAAAAAAACAAUGUAGGUGAACUACUAGAGUUUCAAAGUCACUUUUCUGUCCCAUUAAUAUAUUUUGAGCUGUGUGCUUGCAGACAAGCAGGCACGGCCUGGCGUGGCUGUCUGUCACCGUGGUGGUGAUUACAGAGACGCUCGCCAUGCUGGCCACCACACCUAACAUGUGAGGCCUGCGUUUGUUGCUCUAAUUUAUCAAGAAAAAUCUGGCCCAUCCAUUUCUUUAGCGAUGGAGUUUAAUUUACAUGUAUGUGAGUUUGUAUGUAAUAUAUGUACAUAAGAUAAACAAAACUAAAGAACUCCUGCUAUUAUUUAUGUCUCACCAAAAUAUCAUAAACACACAUGGACACAUUCUCAUCCAUUCACACUUCUCUUUUAAAAGGGAAAUGUCAUCGAAUUUCUGAGUUGAUGACUAGUAGUAACUAAAUAGCACCAGGAAAAAAGCAAACAGAGUAAAAACUUAAAUUAAGGAAGUGUAUCCUUCCUUAAACUAAUUUCAACUCCUACAGCCUGAAUCUGCACAGAAGUAUCUGAAGCAUUCUGAGAAUACUUAGUAUGUUGGAGAUGCCCUGACGAUGAUGAGCUUUCUACUAUCAAACAUCUCCUUCAGUAGAUACAGGAAAGCAAAUCUGUUUACAAAGAAAAAACCUCUUUCCUCUGUGUAAGUCCUGUACCAGUCGAUAUGUGCUUUUGUGAUUUUAUUUAUGUUUCAUGAGACUGUGAUGCCUUUUUGUGAAUAAGUAUCUGUGAAACUGUGUAUACUGAUUUAAAUAUUUCAAUACUUAAUUCUAUUCACUUUAAUGACAUUUUAACACAAAUAAGACAAAUACAAAAAGCUGUAACUAAAUCUAACAAAUAGAAAAGUGGAUUUUGAAUAGAAUUUAUACAUCCUAUUCAGGUUUGUCUGACCUAUUGAGUGUUUCACAGAAAUUGUGUAAUACUUUUUGCCUGCUAUUUUUCAUCUGCCAAAUGGGACAUUCAGCUGUCUACCUCAUGGCAUAGCUGAAAGGCUUUCUAGAUGAGUAAUGAUAAAAUUGAAAAGUCAAAGGAUGUUUAAAACUUGGCCCCCCAAAAGAAAAGUAUAUUAUUGUAAACCAAAAUAAGCAUAAGUGAUGCUAGAAAUGCAUAAGAUUGUAAAAAAGUUUGCUUUUUUUUUUUUAAACAGUAUUGACAUUGUUAUUACAUUGUGAAUUUUGUAAAUGUAUUUGUGGUUUAAAACAAAAAUAAAACCAAG